AUGGACUCCUACUCCUACGGCUCCAAGAAGGCUCAGCCUGCCUACUAUUCGCCUUCUGGUUCAUCCUCCCACUACUACGCUUCGUCCGCAGCAACGGCGUCGUCCAUGAAGCCUACUCGUGGCUACGGCACGAAGCCUGGGUCGCAGCCGCCCAAGAUCACCCAGGGCGGCCAGACUUAUGACCCUGUGUCGCGCGACAACACAGGCUACAACCACUAA